UUUUUUUUUUUGAAACUCCAAAUCCUGUCCCUCUUCUUCCCUUUAUUUACCUCAUUGUUUGAUAAUGUUCUUGUCUCAGACUUCUUCUGCCGCACUUAAGGCUACCGCUUGGUCCUCUCUUAAGGCCAACGCUUUCCGCACUAUUACCACAGCCACUCCCACUAUUACACAAGCCUUUAAUGCUCAAAAGAACAGCAAUGGUAAUUACCUUGUCACCUUGAUUCCUGGUGAUGGUAUUGGUCCCGAGAUUUCACGUUCAGUUAAAGAUAUCUUUGCUGCUGCAAAGACACCAAUUGAAUGGGAAGAAGUUGAUGUCACACCUAUUAUUAAAGAUGGCAAGACUGCCAUUCCUGAUGAAGCCAUUGCCAGUGUUCGUAAGAGUACUGUUGCUCUUAAGGGUCCUCUUGCUACACCUAUCGGUAAGGGUCAUGUCUCUCUCAAUUUGACUCUUCGUCGUACUUUUAACUUGUACGCUAAUGUCCGUCCUUGUCGUUCUGUUGCUGGUUACAAGACUCCUUAUGAAAAUGUCGAUACUGUUCUUAUUCGUGAAAAUACAGAAGGUGAAUAUUCUGGUAUUGAACAUGAGGUUGUUGAUGGUGUUGUUCAGUCUAUCAAAUUAAUUACAAGAGAUGCUUCUGAACGUGUUGCUCGUUAUGCCUUCAGUUAUGCUGAAGCUGUUGGUCGUAAUCGCGUCACAGCUGUCCACAAAGCUAACAUUAUGAAAUUAGCUGAUGGUCUUUUCUUGGAUGUCUGUAAGCAAGUCUCUAAAGAAUUCCCUAAUAUUAAGUUUGAUGAUGUUCUCUUAGAUCGUGCCUGUCUUCAUAUUACUUCUGAUCCUUCUAUUUAUGGCGAUACUGUCAUGGUUAUGCCCAACUUGUACGGUGAUAUUUUAUCUGACAUGAGUGCCGGUUUGAUUGGUGGUCUUGGUUUAACACCUUCUGGUAACAUUGGUCGAGAUGCUUCUAUAUUUGAAGCUGUUCACGGUACUGCUCCUGAUAUUGCUGGUAAAGAUAAGGCUAACAGCACAGCACUCUUACUUUCCGGUAUCAUGAUGUUGAGACAUAUGCGUUUAUAUGAACAUGCUAAUAAUAUUGAGCAUGCUGUCUUCAAAACUCUUGCUGAGGGUAAGGCCUUGACAGCUGAUUUAGGUGGUAAAAAUACUCUUUCUGAAUAUACUGCUGCUGUUAUUGAUAACUUGAAAGCCUAAACAUAUUUAAAAUUUAAUAAUAAUAAUAAAUAUGUGUGCUAUUUUCCUUUGUCUUGUAUUAAAAAAAAAUAAAUAAAUAAAUAUAUAGAAUAAGAAUUAUGUGAAGAAGAC